ACACAUCCGCAGCCUAACAUCACAGAAUUCCAAACCCAAAUCAAAUUCUACUCAACUUCUUCCUCCUCCUGUCUUCUUCUUCUUCUGUUUAUCAGAACAUAUCAAAGAUCCACCCAGACAAAACCAUGGCUGCCAAGCCGACGAUAAGCACAGCAGAAUCAUGGACAGUUUGGAAGAAGUCCAGCAUGGCUUUUGUAGGUACCGUUGGCUUCUCAAUAUUUGACAGUCAGAGGAAGCUUGCCUUCAGGGUUGAUAACUAUUCUAGGGGAAAUAAAUAUUCUCUUGGAGAGCUCCUUCUCACGGAUGCGGUUGGAAGGCCGCUUCUUGCUCCCAAGCCUCAGAUUCUAAGCAUCCAUGACCAGUGGAAUGGAUACAGAUCAGAAGAUCAUGUUGACAGCAUAACAUCCAGCUUCAAAACACUUAUUUUUACCAUGAAACGACGAUCGAUCCUAAAAAACAGCCACGACGAUGUUGAAAUUUUUAUGCAUGGAAGCAAAUCAGUGGAAGAAGAAGCAGAGUACCAAAUAGAAGGAUGUUUUAGGAAGAGAAGCUGCAGAAUAUGGGGAAGGUCGGGGAAGCUGGUGGCUUGGAUGUGUAGGAAGAUGGUUAGUCCGUUGGUGAUUCUGGAGGAAGACAUUUUCAGAGUUUUUGUUGUAUCUGGAACUGAGUGCGAUUUGAUAAUGGCGUUCAUAGUCGUGAUGGAUAGGAUCUGCAAGAAGCUGCCUUUUAAUUUCAAGACGAUGUGUCGUUGAAGUGCCACUGAUGUGUUCGGAAUUUGGAUAUGUGUACAGAUGCGAAGAUUCAAUCAAGCUUAAAUAAUUUGUUGUUAAUCAAGAUUUCUAAAGUCAUUAAAUUAUCACCAAAGAUUAAAAAUAAUGUUUUAUCCCAUGCCAUACAAAGAUGAUUUAAACAGCUACUUAAUAAUCCCAGAAGAGAGGCAGCUAAAUAACAUGAAGUAUGAGCAGAGACAUUAAUUAGCCUGGAUGAUAACCACAUGACCAUAAGCCAGCUGCUAAAAAGUACUAUUCUGCAGUCUGUAAGGUUGAACACACUGAAGAAAAUGAUACUUACUAGUGGCAAAUAUGGGAAAUUUACAUGCAUAGCACACAAUUCUGAUGUAUUUACAUAUCUCACACCUACACUUCAA